CAGACACCGAAAUAUAAACACUCACUUAAUAUUUUGUGAAAACUUGUUCAAUCAUUUUGAUUGAGUGCGAGAGGACCAAGAGAAAUAAACUUGUGUGAAUGUGACAUUUUGAUUCACGGAGAAAAAUAAUAUUUGGAGUUUGUGUUUGAGUUUCAGGAAUAACAAUGCAACCAGGAAGCCUGCAACACCGCUAUCAUCCAAGUGCUAACGUUCCUGGUAUAAGCAAUGGUCCUGGACUAAGCAUGAUGCCAGCCUUAUUCGGCGACCAAAACUAUUACAGACAUGGGGGAUACACAACGAUGGCCAUGGGAGGACUUUCUGCCGCCAUGUACUCCCCGGAGCAGUACGCACCCAUGGGACGCCCGUCCCCCUACUCUCAUUAUGGGGCACCUCACCAGUCACCGAAAGACAUGGUCAAACCCCCGUACAGCUACAUAGCGCUUAUUGCGAUGGCGAUACAGAGUCAGCCAGACAAAAAAGUCACUCUGAAUGGAAUUUACCAGUUUAUUAUGGACAGAUUUCCAUUUUAUAGAGAAAACAAACAAGGAUGGCAAAAUAGUAUACGACACAACUUGUCGCUAAACGAGUGUUUUGUCAAAAUUCCCCGGGACGACAAAAAGCCAGGGAAGGGUAGUUAUUGGAGUUUAGACCCGGACAGUUACAACAUGUUUGAUAACGGCAGCUAUUUACGAAGAAGGAGAAGAUUUAAAAAGAAAGAUCUCAGGGGUAAACUUUCCAAAGUUACUGACGACUUAGAAAAAUCGGAAAACCGCGACGAUGAAUCUCCGGAUCGUGGACAUGUUACAAAGGACGAUCUAGGAAGUUCCGAAUAUUCCGAUAAUUCAAACAACGAAAAGGAUAGCUUCUGUAAGAGUCGGGAGUGCGAACCCGACGUUAAAUCAUCUCGACCGCCGGUCACUACCAAACUGGAACCCUUGGAAAAUUCUGAUGAUGUUAUUGCUGCAACCAACCGAUCCCAUUCCAGCCCAAGUUCUCUACCAAUCCCAAGCGAUCCCAUGGAACCGACAACUUCAAACUUUUCAGUAGAAAACAUUAUGACCAAUUCUCACGUCAGUUCUAAUUGUGACAUACCUGGGGCCGGGUGUAAUUAUGCCCCUAGUCGCCCUACAUCUCUAGUCAGUCCUUCUCUACUUUCGUAUUCCAGAUCCAACGAUAUCUAUCGGAACAUAUCUACUUGCAACCAAAAUAUGUCGCCACCGCUUGGCUACAACUACCCCAGCAACAUGGCUGCCCAAGCCCUUCUUACACAAUCUACCGUCGGAAACGGAAAUCCAUCAUUGAACAUGUCACCCUCUGCAACAGAAGAUGGCAGUGGUGGAGAUGGGUCUCCACAGCCAUCACCGGCCCAUAUCCACCCAUCGUUACCGCAAGCCAACAGUAUCAAUCCCGCCAUGUUUUCCAUGUCGCAAACUCAAUCUUACGGGCGUCCGCCUAACGGCUGGUAUAUGGCGACUCCGUCAGAAAUUAAUCAUUUAAAUAAUCCGGACUUUCCUAGCCCCUCGCCAUUUUCUACCGUCAGGGACGUAUUUGAGAGCCAGAGACUACUCAGUGCCCAGGGGCAGUCUCAGUCCCCCUCUAGUUGUCAGCUGGCAGCCUUCAGAAACCCUUACAAGUCUGCUAGUGCUUACAGUUGUGAUUACGGCAAAUUUUAGAAAUGCGUUGUGUUUUGAAAAUGACAUAUGCGAACGAUUAUUUUUCUAUCAGCAAAUACACCAAAAUACCAGCUAGUGCUAACUCUUGACACUUAAAGUGACAACAAAACUGUAUAGUGUUUUCCCCUGUAAACAUCCAUUUCAAAUUAAUUAGUGU